AUGGAGCUGCUCAAACAGCAAAAAGCACUCAGUGAACAACCACCACCACUUCUUCUUCAACACCCACAACAACAACAGCAGCAACAUGAUGAACAACCAUCGCAGCAACCACUGCAGCAACCACAACAGCAACAUCAACACCAAGAGCCUAACUGGUCCACAAAUGAUGUGUCCAGAGAACAUCAAGGUGCACCAGUGACUCAACUCGGGGAUGACAAAGAUUUGCCAGAGCAACAGGCAGACCCCAGUGAGAAAGCAAAAGUCCCUUCUACAAUUGAGGAAUUCCAUGCUGAAUUCACUAAAACCACUACUGAACUCAGUAGUGUCAUGAACAAGUUCAACGACUUAUUGUCGUUGUCCAGAAAGUUCUUUGACACUACUAUUGAUGUCAAAAAAAGUCUGCCAUUCAAUAUGGCAAAAAUGUGGUCAACAUGCUCUGGAACUGAAAUUCCAGUUACUUUUGAGAAGGGCAACUCUACAGAAGAGCGGCAAGAAGGAAGGAAUACUGAGGAGAUUGGUUCAAUCCUCAGUCAAGAUAAAGAAUUUUUCAGUUCAGACUACUUCACAAUACUAUUUGAGGAAGCAGUACGAAAGGCAACAGAAGGAAAUGAAAGAAAGGAAAUCAAGGAAUCUGAGGAUGUUACAUUUGAUUUGCCACCAUUUUUAACACCUCCGAUCAUGCCUUCCCAGCCUAAUGUAUUUGCUGAUUUGACAUUGAAGCUUGGAAUGGUUUCCGAUUCAAAUCCUCCUCCUCAGGCACACGACUUUGAAGAGGAAAUGAGAUUAGAAGCAAUCUUGGCAAACAAAACUUUGACUGAACGUGAUUUGGAGACAAUUUCAGGGGACAACAAAGAUGAAGCUGAAAAACAACAGCCACCUACAGAAAAAACUGAGUAUGCGUUCUUUUAAAACAGUUCACAUACACAUGUAUAAUAAAUAUGUGACUGUUUCUUUCAUUAUUCACAAUGUUCUUUUAUAAACAAUUAUUUGUUUUUUUAUUCGUUUGAUUUGUUCUUUUUAUUAAUUCUCUGUCUUUAUACAAU